AAUUUUGAAAGUUGGCGCGGAAGACUCCGAAGUUUAUGAGGAAAUCUUUCCAAAAAUGUACAGAAGAACUAUAACAAAAAUUAACUUUGAUUUCAGAGACGCAGAAAAAACAAAAUUUACAAAGGAACUCUUCACGUGAAAACGCACCAAUAUUAGAACCUGGUCAAGUAGUGUUUAACGAAAGACAAGGAGUCAAAUCUAAAAGAUUGGAGAAAUUUAACUCUACAAUAGUAGAUCAGGAUAACCAAAUGACUUAUCGCGACCGGUUAAAUCGGAAACUCCAUAAAACAAGGUUGAAAAGAAUCAGGAAAUGAUGAAAUGUAUUAAUUCUUAACUGAUGAAUCCAUAUUACGAUAUUAAUCUUUUCUUUCUCCACCCUAGGAAUGGACAGCUUGCGAAAAGCAUGAAAACCCUAUGAACCCCUGGAGGAUUAUACAUUAACAUUCCAAUACAUGAAUUCAAAUACCAUACUCAUGAUUUCAAAAUUUUAGGACACUCUUGCACGAAGUACAGCGCUCACACAGAAGCCUAAAGGAAUAUGAUACCCUGCAACAAAGCAUUCCAACUCCUGCAAGCCACGCUUGGAGAGUAAGUAAAAUAUUCCUGCCUACGAAUCAUUCCCUUCCGUUAUCCUAGAUCCUCACCUAAAUCCUAUAUGUCUGUCCCGAACUAGCUCUCGAUGACAGAGCAAUACCUCUUUAUAAUUGUGAAUCCCCACUGAAUCGAUGUUAUCCAACGUAAAUAUUAGACAGAUACCAUUACGAACUAUGUAACACUACCUAUUACAAUCUUAUUCUCAGAUAAAUCUUCCCUUGUCUUAUAAAAAUAAAUAUAAAAUACAUAGUAUUUGCAGUUAAAUCGAUAGGAAACGUCAGACAAAACUUAAUUAUUAUCGUAGAUAUGGUAGUCGAAGAAUUCGGAAACUGAAACAGAUAAUCAACAGAACACGUAGCGAAUUGAUUUAGAUCAGACUAGAAACUAGCAUAAAACCCUAAACUAUGAAAUUCCACUUUUAGGCACCCUUCCUGAUACUCAUCACCCUUCCUUUAUUGAUUGAACCAUCUAAACUUUCCCUGAGAAACCUCAACGAAGACCCCAUUUUAUUUUUAAGAUAUGGAGAUUGUAAAAUUCAAACCGGAAACUUAAAAAUUGUACACCCCAUCAACCUAACAAUAAUACAGGAAUCUAUUGAUUACUUGACUUCAUCCUUUUAUACAAGAGUAGAAACCCUUUAGGAGGCAUAGUCAAACACAAGAUAAAAGCAUUGUACAACAACUUUCUUCAAAUAAAACCAUCAGAACAUCAUAGAGCAAAAAGAUGGGAUUCGUUGGGAACUGGUUGGAAAUGGCUGGCCGGAUCACCAGAUGCACAAGAUCUUCAUAUCAUCAAUUCUACAAUGAAUGAGUUAAUUACCCAGAAUAAUCAGCAAGUUCAUAUAAAUAGCCGCAUCAAUACAAGAAUUUCGGAGCUGACCAGCAGCAUUAACAAAAUUAUCAACAGCAUGAAAACGAACGAGCUAGCAAAUGAGAUCUCGGCUAUCAUUACAAUAAUAAAUAUUGAUAUCAUCAACAAACUCCUAGAAGACAUACAAGACGCCAUCAUCCUAUCAAAAACAGCUACAAUCGCCAACAGAGUACUUUCUAUUCAAGAGAUUUCGUUCAUAAAAUCGCUUCUACAAAAUCAAGGAGUGAACAUAGAUGUUCCAGAUGAGGCCCUACAACAUGUCACCCCUAAGUUCGCCGCAACUCAACACACCCUCCUAUACAUCCUUCACGUGCCACAGUUAGAUAACGUAACAUCUUCUGUGAUUCGAAUUCACCCAAUAGUACACAAGAACCAAAUUAUUUAUGAUUAUCCGGAAUAUGUCGUGAAAAGUGAAAAUUCUCUAUAUACCACAAGUGAACCCUUUGAAUUCGUUCAAAAGGCGAAAUACCUAAAGGAAAUGCACGAUACUUGUAUCUAUCCCCUAGUAUUUGGGAAACAAUCGAUAUGCAAUUCCACGUUUUAUAAUAGGACAUCUCAAUUACUUGUAACGGAGAAUACACUUUUGGUCCAGAAUGCAAAAAACCACACUCUUAGUAGUAACUGUGGACCAGACGAUCGUACAUUAGAAGGAAAUUUUCUAAUAUCAUUUGGAAACUGCUCUAUCACGUUCAACAACCAUUCAUUUCAGAACAACGAAAUCAUUCAGGAGGCUACUGUAAUCUAUGGAGCAUUACACAACAUAAAAACUAGCUGGAAUUACCAUCAACAUUUGGAUAUAUUCACACUCAGCAACGAAACUCUCGAGACCCGAGACAAGCUACAACACGUUUAUUUGGAGCAAUAUAGCUUGAAAUUAAAAUUUUGGACUUUAACCGGAGGACUUUCCAGCAUCUACAUCAUCAUCUCAAUCAUAAUUUUCAUUAUAGCCAAGACCAGAUGUCGAGUUCAACUCAAAGGACCGAGACGAUCCUCACUUGGGGAGGGAGAAGUUAUCGAACACCCAUCGAACCACGAUAAUCCUUCCACCGAGCUACUACGCAAUAAGCUGCAAAUUAUACAACAACAACAACAACAAAUAGCCCUUGCACUGGGCACCGUCAAUGCAUUGCCGUCAGCCGCCGAUACCAACAGCAACAUCAGCAACAACACAUGUGCACCUUAACCGACGUUAACCCGACACCAUCGUUUCCCAUAUCAGCAGUCCAGAAGUAGGAUGCCCAAUCAGCAGGAAUCACGACGUUGACGACAGCUAGGGCAAUAAAUUAUUAAUCAGCAGAAAUAGGGUACUCGUAAGUUCCAAUGUACAAUAAAUUUCAUUCUGUUCGUAAUCGUUGGUCCGUGAAGUUCUGUUUUUCGAACUCCUUUAAUAGUUUAAUUUUUUAAAAAGCCUUUUGGCUAGAUAGAUAAUAUA